UGCCCUGCGGUACCCUAGCCGACCCUGGUCCAGCGCGACCCUGCUGGCGUGCCUUGCGCUUUUCCGGGCCGAGGACCGGCAGCCGUGAGAUGCCUGGGUUGGGGGCCGUGCUGCAGUGAGGGGGGCUCACAGGGUGUCGGGCUUGCGAAGCGAAACCUAUGGUGGUCUUCAUGGAAGAAAUAAGGAACUUGGCUGUGUUAUCCUGCCUCAGAGAACAAAUUCAUCUUUGCAGACCUAGCCUGGGUUGCUGCCUUUGAAAACAAGGAAGGGUCGGUAGAAUAUCAGCCACAGCACAGCAUGGAAUUUCCAGAGAGGUCUUACUUCAAAACUUCAUAAAGAACAAGAACACAUGGACUUCUGCAAGGGAGAUUGAACUGGCCUGAGUGAAGGAGAGGAUAAUGUGUGCCCAACCUGUAACUAACACCAAGGAGGUCAGGUGGCAGAAGGUCUUAUAUGAGCGACAGCCUUUCCCUGAUAACUACGUGGACCGGAGGUUCCUAGAAGAGCUCAGGAAAAAUAUCUAUGCCCGGAAAUACCAAUACUGGGCUGUGGUAUUUGAGUCCAGUGUUGUGGUACAGCAGCUCUGCAGUGUCUGUGUUUUUGUGGUUAUUUGGUGGUAUAUGGAUGAGGGUCUUCUGGCACCUCACUGGCUUUUUGGGACUGGCCUGGCUUCUUCAUUGGUUGGGUACGUUUUGUUCGAUCUCAUUGAUGGAGGUGAAGGGCGGAAGAAGAGUGGGCGGACCCGGUGGGCUGACCUGAAGAGUGCUCUGGUUUUCAUUACUUUCACUUACGGUUUUUCACCAGUGCUAAAGACCCUUACAGAAUCUGUCAGCACUGACACCAUCUAUGCCAUGUCCGUUUUCAUGCUCUUAGGCCACCUCAUCUUCUUUGAUUAUGGUGCCAAUGCUGCCAUUGUGUCCAGCACACUGUCCUUGAACAUGGCCAUCUUCGCUUCUGUCUGCCUAGCCUCACGCCUUCCCCGGUCCCUGCAUGCCUUCAUCAUGGUGACAUUUGCCAUCCAGAUUUUUGCCCUGUGGCCCAUGUUGCAGAAGAAACUGAAGGCAUGUACUCCCCGCAGUUAUGUGGGGGUCACACUGCUUUUUGCAUUUUCAGCCUUGGGAGGCCUGCUGUCCAUUAGUGUUGUGGGAGCCAUACUCUUUGCCCUUCUGCUGAUUUCCAUCUCAUGUCUCUGCCCUUUCUACCUCAUUCGCCUGCAGCUUUUUAAGGAAAAUAUUCAUGGGCCUUGGGAUGAAGCCGAAAUCAAAGAAGACUUGUCCAGGUUCCUCAGCUAACUUAGGGACCAUUAUCAUAUUGUUAAAGCAAGCUAACAGACUAGCCUUCUAACAAAUACAAAAUUUGAAGGAAAAAUGCCAUUCUGGAAGCAGCAGACUGAUGUAAGAGAACAGGUCAAAAGAAAAACAGAAGCAAAGGCAUGGUGGUGAGAGUACUUGUCCUUUGUGUUAUUUCGUGGAUGAAAAAGCUUCCUACGGCCCUCUUGAAUUAUUGCCUCUCAUUUACUAUUCACUGUAACAAAUGAAGUGAUGUUUUAUUAAAAAAAUAACAACACA